UAAAAGGCGGACCCUACUUUUCAAAAGAGUGCAUCCCGCUCAUAGAAAACUAUAAUUAGGGUCCGAAGAGAGAAGGAAGGCAACAACUCAUACCCAUAAAAGAGAGUAUGACCAAAAAGUCCCUCGGCUCGAGAAAAAAAUAUAAGAGGUACAAAUAUAAGAGAGGUAUUAGUGGUUAACUAAUAAUAUUAAUAGAAUAUAAGGAAUAUAGUUGGUUGAGUAGCACGGUUCAACCAACUAAUUUAACUACUCAUGAUAGUUCUGUCUCUGUAUCUUUCUGCUUGGUCUGCACCACACGUAGCAUGAUUUAUGAUUUUAUCUUGGAGAUUAAGGCUAACCAAGAAACUCCUAGCAGAUCUCAUAACCCCAUUCAGAUUACACAUUAUAACUUUCCUUAAUUAGUGUUUUUAGGACAAUCAAGUGUCCUAAAUGAGUAAAGUCAUGAAGGAACAAACUGAAAGAUGGGUGUUUCUUCCUUUCUCCUUCGGUUGUUCUUCGCGUACCAGCGUUGAUAUUGGCUCUCCGAGCCCUCUUAAUGACACGACUCAAACCAGUAGACCAGGAAGGCAGAAGGAUCAAACAAUCAGCAAGGAAAAAAAGAAUGCUCUCAGAUUCAAGCAUCAAAAAUCGAAGUUAUCCCAUGGAAUUCAAAGAUUGAUCAGAAGGCUCAAAUUUGUCUCUCAGAUCUUUGCUUAUAAGGAUGAGAUGAAUGAAGAAGAAGAAAAGGAAAUGGAGAUAGGCUACCCAACAGAUGUGAAGCAUUUGACACACAUCGGGUGGGAUGGUUCUACAACCAUUUCCAAUUUGGCCAAAGGGUGGGAAAACUUAACUACUUCUGAAAUCAUCUCUUUCCCAUCCAUUUCCUUGAAACAGUUUGAGAUUGCAAUGGCUAAACAAGCUGAAGCUGCUGCUGCUAGUGCUACUGCUGUUGGAGAUAAACUCGUCCAAAACACCUGAUUUUCACCAUUUUUUCACCUUCUUUUAAACUUAGGUUUCAUGAUUGAUUGUUAUUGAGAAGAACAGUGUUAAUUUCAAUCUAAAUCUAGCUUAUGAAGCCUUCAAGAGAUUGUAUGUAAUUGACAUCAGAACAUAUGGAUCUUUGUGCUUAGAGAUAUAGUUCAGUCCAAGAUAUGGUAUUUUAUGUCAAUGUGUGCUCAAUUUUACAUACAUACAUUCAUGUAUUGAAGUUGUCAUCAUCAUCCCAAUGAGCCCCAUCCAAGACAGAAUUUGGGGAGGAUAGGAAAGAAGAUAGACCAAUGCCCUCAUCUAGAUGAGAUUCCGAUCAAAGAGUUCCUCGAUACGCCUAGCACAUUCAUGUAUUUAUUUAAUAAGGUCAAAACAUUGGCGAAGGGCCAGAAGACUGAACUAUAGUUGCUCAAGAAGCUAAAAUUCAUAAAAGUUCCUUACUUAUUGGCUUAUAGCUAAUUCAAAAAUUAAACCCGACAUCCCCUAACUCUGCCUAUAGUUAACCUAAAAACCUUUACGAUGCAAUGAUGUGGUCGAUAUUUUACCCAAUUUUAACACAUAACACAAAAAGCCAUUUACUUUUGCUAGGUUUCGGAACAGUAGUCGAUAUUUCUAGGAAUUAGGGUAUUCAGACUUGACAAGAACACGAAUUCACCAAAUCACCAUCUCAAAAAACCUACAAAAUUAAAAUCCAGAAUACUACAGCAGUAAAUCUAGCCAAAUUUUAUCACUUAUAAAAAAAGAAAGAAGCUUCGUUGAUUAAUUUCCACCAUUGUUCAGAAAAUCAAGCAAAAUUAACAAUCGAAGUAAAAAUGAGAUAAAAUUAAUAUAGGCAUCACAGCGAGCACAAAGUUCAUUGUAUGAGCAGUGGCUUUCUGGAGAUGCCUCAAGAACAAUCUUGUUGCUGUCACCGAUUCCAGAUAUAGUAGGCAAACCCAGAACUGAUGAAUCUUGGCUGCCUGUAUCUCGUCUUAGGAAUCGCAUUAGGGUUCUUCUUGAGACAAC